AUGUGCCACAGGAAGCUUUUUGUCGGAGUGGACGUAGGAGGAACAAAUACAGAUUCUGUGGUCAUUGACCCAACUAGAUUAAAAGAUGACGAUCGAGGGGUUCUGGCAUGGCGGAAAACGAUUACUACACCGGACGUUUCGAAGGGAAUAGAGAGUUCUCUUCGUGGUAUGUUGGAGGAUCCGCAUAAUAAUAUUCAAAAAAAUGAAAUUGCUUCGCUAACAAUUGGUACUACACAUUUCAUAAACGCUGUGGUAGAAAGAAAUGCAAGCAGAUUGCAAAAAGUUGCUGUGAUAAGGCUUUGUGGUCCAUAUGGAAGAAGCUUACCGCCUUUUGGUGACUUUCCAGAUGAUCUGGCUAAUAUAAUUAAUGCAUAUGUUGCCAAUAUUGAUGGGGGUAACCAGGUCAGCGGCCGCGAUAUUAAGCCACUGGAUGAAGAGGAGUUGAGGAGACACUGUGCUGAAGUCCGCUCACGCGGCAUUAAAGCUGUUGCAGUAAUAGGCACUUUUGCGAACAUCAACAAUACCCAUGAACUAAGAGCCGGAGAAAUAAUACGAGAAGAAGUACCUGGGGCUGAUGUAGUCUUAUCGCAUAGAAUCUCUGGCAUCGGAUUUUUAGAAAGGGAAAAUGCAACCAUUUUAAACGCUUCUAUCAAAAAAUAUGGUCGCCAAAUUAUUUCUUCGUUUGUCCAGGUUACUAGGAGGCUUGGCCUGAAUUGUACACUUCUAAUAUCUCAGAACGAUGGAACUGUCCUAUCUGCCGAUGAGGCACUUGAGUUUCCGAUUAAAACAUUCUCUUCAGGCGCCACUAACUCUAUGCGAGGGGCUGCAAUAUUAUGCUCCGCAGAUCCUGAUGUGCAGGGUAAGAAUGUGAUAGUCUGCGACGUUGGUGGAACUACGACAGAUGUCGGCCAGCUGCUAGCAUCGGGGUUCCCUAGACAAUCAGCUACGUACUCUUACGUUGGAGGUGUGAGAAUGAACUUUUCAAUGCCACACGUUAAAAGCAUUGGCUUGGGAGGUGGUUCCCUUGUGCGAUUGAAAGACGGUAAGAUAACUGUUGGUCCAGAAUCUGCGGGCGCUGAUAUUGUAAACUCGGCAUUAGUAUUUGGAGGUGAAACCAUUGUCGCGACUGAUGUUACUGUUGCCUCUCGUAUUGACGAACAGGGUCUUGAUCUAUUGGAAGAGUGUUACAAGAUUGGAGAUGCUACUCUUGUUCAUAAACGCUUCACUGAUGAAUAUAAGGCUAAUUUUGCUGAGGCAAUUAAAGAAAAACUUGAAAAUGUUAUUAAUCUAAUAAAAACAGCCCCGGAUCCUGUCACUGUUAUAUUUGUCGGCGGCGGCUCCUUCAUUGCACCUUCAGAGUUAGAUGGAGCCUCAAAGGUUAUUAAACCUCCAUAUUCUCAUAUUGCCAACGCUAUAGGAGCUGCGAUGGGUGAUAUUUCUUCCGAAUUGAUAGAAGUAAAAUAUCUUAAACAUCCUGGUACCGAGUUGGAUGCCACAGUCAAGAAUAUGAUAGCAACUGCAGCUGAUGAUGCUAUAUCAAAGGGUGCAUUAAAAGAAACUAUUAAAGUAGUGGAUGCUAUUGCUGAAGCCGUUCCAUAUGUGGAAAAUGUUUACAGCUUCAAAAUUAACGUUGUUGGAAAUGUUGAUUAUAGUCGUGUAUCAACUGUAAAAAGCAUUGGAAAGCUUCUGAACAUCUUAAAUGAGGAUUCACAGAUCUACACUCCUCCAGUUUUAGAAAAUUCCAAGCUAGGAGGAUGUGAAGAAGUUGCAUUUGAUUACGAAAACUAUAGGCCAUGUGUUGAAAACGGCGAGUGGGUACUAUCGGUAAUAGAUGUUGACUUUAUUAGUAUUGGUGCCUAUAUUUUAGGAUGCGGCGGCGGUGGUAAUACACAUAUUGAUACCAUAGAGUUAAAACACAUUAUUAAAAACGGGGGCAGGAUUGUAGUCAUUACAUUAGAUGAAUUCGACAAGAGAACAAACGGAGAAGGUCGCGCAAUUAAUGUCGGAUAUUGUGGAUCUCCUACCAUAUCAUAUGAACGUCUUCACGGCAAUGAAAUAUUAGAAGCUGUUGACUUAAUUGAGAAAUGGGAAGGCCGAACCGCUGACGCAAUAUUUUUAUUUGAAAUCGGCGGCGGUAAUGGAUUAAGCGGGUUAUGGACGGCAUAUAAAAGGGGAUUACCUUGCCUAGAUUUAGAUUUAAUGGGAAGAGCAUAUCCAACUCAAUGGCAAUCGUUGCCAUCUGUCAUAAACAAUUUGAAAGGAUACCCUUAUGUUGCUGUUUCGGAUGGCAAUGGACUAUCAUUUAUGGUUACAAGUACUGUUAAUGACAUUCAAAUGGAAAGAGUGGUGAGAGACGCUAUUGAUUAUCAUGGCGUACAAUGCGCUUCCGUUGAGCCAUCGAUGAGUGUUGAACAGAUGAAAAAUGAGACUAUACACAACCCAAUCUCGUUAUCAUGGAGAAUUGGAAGAGCGGUUUACAUUGCUAGAUCGAGAUCUGAUCUUGAUAAUUUACCGAACUACUUAAUUGAUACUUUUGGCGGGGAUGGAAGCGCGAAGUGCUUGAUGAGGGCCAAAAUAAUUGCCGUUGACAGAAGAUUGAAUGGAGGUUACGGAUAUGGUAAUGUUCGUUUAGAGAGUGUUGAAGAUAGUGAUAUUACAUUAAGGAUACCGUUUAAGAAUGAAAACAUAGUUGCAUACAAGAAAGUGCGCGGUGGUGCUGAGAUACCCAUAUGCUCCGUCCCAGACUUGAUUACAUUGAUCGAUACGGAUGGUUGCGCAAUUGGCACCCAAGAUUAUAGAUACGGAUUGGAGGUUUUUGUCAUGGCUUUUGCCCCUUCAGACAAGUGGUCUACACCUAUGGGUAUUGAAAUUGGUGGUCCAAAAGGGUUUGGAAAAGAAUUCGAGGAUUUAAACUACAACCCGAUAGGAACAUAUGUCCAGCCAAUUUCUGUUGUGGAUGAAUUCGGAACUCAAGAUUAA